AUGCAAGCCAGAACCCUGACCCAACUACACCUCUCCACCCCCCUCCCUCCACCCUCAAGCUCAAGCUCAACCGCAACCGCAACCGCAACCGCACUCCCCACAUCCCACCCCCUCCACAACCACCUCACAAACCUCCCCAAAACAACAAUCUACACCCAACUCGAAGACCCAAAAACCAUCUACCUCCUCCACGAGGACCCCACCGCUAGCCCCAACAUCCUCGGUAUCAACACCGCAACCCAAGAUAAAAUCACAAUCACCCACAAAUCCACCCAAAGAAUCGACCUCCCAGCGCCGACCCUUCCGCUGGCCGCCCCCGUCCUCGCCAUCGGCCGGUACUUCGUUCGUCCCGGCCAACGCGCCGAGUUCCAGCGGGCGUUUGAGGCGGGCAAGGGGUAUCUUGAGGCGUUCACGGCCCCGUAUCCGCUGGUGGGCGGGUGGGCUGAGACUCCACGGGUUGCGGGGGGUGCCGAUGCAGAUACAGAUGACGGGGCAGCAGCGGAGUAUGUUCUGUUUAGUGGGUGGGAGGCCGUCGAGAGGCAUUUUGAAUUUGCGGAGACGGAGGGGUUUAAGGAGUUUGCAAGGAUCAAGGAGUUUAUGGAGGGGGCGGAGGUUAAGCAUGCUGUGAGGUGGGAGGGGAGGGUGUGA